AUUGUUUUGUAUAAAAGGAUAAGAAAAUACAAAAUUAAAAAGGAAGAUUAUAGGAAGAAAUAAAUAAGUUCGUGACGUUGUAGUUGUAUAAAUUAGUUGUAGAAAUCACUGAGUUUUAUGAAUAUGGAUGAAUUACUUGUUUUUUGUUACAGUGUUUGAUUUAUAAAUGGAUGAAAUACAAAGUAAAUAUUAUUAGUCUUGUAUAUGAAUGAAUUACUUCUUUUUUGUUAUGGUGGUAAAAGUUACUUCUUUUUCUUCUUUCUUUUCUAUUUCUCUUCUCCUUCCUAGUGCUCUGCUCGUUUUUCCUGGCCUCACAUCACCCUCCUCGCUCCUGUAUGCUUCCUCUUGCCUAUUCCUCUUCUUUGGCGCGAGGCGCCAACUAAGGUCUAUAGCCGAAUUGAAGCUACGAAGCAGUCCGAAGGAGGAACCCAUGACUGCUAGUACCGACGGACAAGAUCUCCGCAAUCUACAAAGUACAAAGAGCCUUCGGCCGGAGUUGUUGAACGACACGAGAAGCUAAGGAACGGCCUGACCUGGUCGCUACCUUCCAGCAAGAUUCUCUGGAUGGCUCCCAGAGUUAUAAACCGGCGGAUGGGGUGAAGAAUAGAGGACUCUUCUUAAAUGGGAAGGGAGCUAAUAUUGGUGGUAGGGUGGGAGAAGAAAGAGGGAGUGGAACAAAGAUGGAAGAAGGAGGUUUACUGGAACAGUGGAACGGGAAGGAUCGGAGGAAGGUGCCAGUGUGUUGACUGUGGAUCGGAGGAUCGGAAGAAGGAGAAAGAAAAGUAAAAAGAAAGAAAAAAAGAAAAAGAAUAAAGAAAAAUGAAAAAAAUUGAAAAAAAUGAAAAGUGCCAGUGUGUUGACUGUGUUCGUACAAAAUAACGGGGCAAUUUGUUCAUUGCCGGUAAAAAUGACAAUUUGGUAUUUUUAAUUAAGUUUAAGGGUUUCAUUGAUUGAAUUUUUAGUAGAAGGGUUUAAUUGAUUUUUUUGAAAAGGUGGG